UUUGGCAUCACUACCAAACUGUGAGUGCUGUUAUCUUUUGCGCAGGUAUUUUAACCAUGGAAACCUACUCUGCCUCAGUCCCACCUGUCAUAUGUAACAGCACAACUUUCAACCUCAAUGGAUCGCAUCUGUGUAACGAGAGCCUGUCUUCUAGAUUAGCAGAUAAAUCAGAACACCAACAAUACGUUAUUGGGCUUUUCUUAUCGUGUCUUUACACAAUAUUCCUUUUUCCCAUCGGUUUUGUAGGGAACAUUCUGAUUCUGGUUGUAAACAUAAGCUUUCGUGAGAAGAUGACUAUCCCAGACCUCUACUUCAUCAACCUCGCGGUGGCCGAUCUCAUUUUAGUCGCUGAUUCUCUCAUUGAGGUUUUUAAUCUUGACGAAAAGUAUUACGAUAUCACUAUUAUAUGCACCUUCAUGUCUCUGUUCCUUCAGAUCAACAUGUAUAGCAGCAUUUUCUUUCUGACGUGGAUGAGUUUUGACAGAUACAUAGCACUGGCAAAAGUAAUGAGGUCCAACCUAUUUCGCACUAUGCAACACGCCAGGUUGAGCUGUGGUCUCAUAUGGAUGGCAUCUAUUUCUGCAGCACUAGUGCCAUUCACGGCUGUGCACCUCCAACACACCGGAGAGGUCUACUUUUGUUUUGCAGAUGUAAAAGAAAUCCAGUGGCUAGAAAUAACCCUGGGGUUUAUCAUCCCCUUUGUGAUCAUCGGCCUUUGCUACUCGUUAAUUGUUCGAGUCCUUAUAAAAGCACACAAGCACAGGAGCCUCCGCCUGCGCCGACAGAAGGCUCUUCGAAUGAUAUUCGUGGUGGUCCUGGUUUUCUUUAUCUGCUGGCUCCCUGAAAACGUCUUCAUUAGCGUCCAGCUUCUGCAAAAGAAAAGUGAGCCCGCCUCGUCAAGCAGCCCAUCGUUCAGACACGACUACCCUUUAACAGGACACAUUGUGAACCUCGCAGCUUUCUCCAACAGCUGUUUGAACCCUUUAAUUUACAGUUUCCUAGGGGAAACCUUCAGAGACAAACUGCGGCUGUACAUUGAGCAGAAAACCAAGAUGUCCACGUUACAUCGGUUCUGCCAGGCUGCCCUGACGUCUGUCAUCCCCGACAGCAAUGAGCAAUCUGAGGUCUGAUUUAGGGCUGUUGUGCAGAACGUCUGACUGUGAAGCUGUGCAAAUAGUGAACAAAAUGCUUACUUACUAACAGCAAAAAGCCCGCCUGUGUAUGUAUUGCACUGCUCUACUGAGUACGGAAGGUUUAUAUUCGGAAUGUUUUUAUGACAACUUUAAUGUAGGGGAAUAUGCUAUAGUCGGAUUUAUAUUUAAUUAAGAGCAGGAUUAUUAAAAGCUGAGCACUGAAGGAGCUUUAUUUUAUAUAAUACAUGCAUGAAUAAUAAUAUAGAAGAAAAUUUUAUCAAGCUAGGAAGACUCCAGAUUUAACUUGAUUAUCGGAGAUGUUAUUUUGCUGGUGUAUAGAAGGUACUUCCACUUAAACAACCAAACUGCAGUAAGAGUGGGGAAAAAUCAUUACAACACAUUGAUGUGGAGAUGCAGUGAUUUUUACCCAAAUGUGUUAAGUUAAAUGACUUUGUUUUUGAGAACUAUAUAGUAUUAUCAUCAUUGUAUUCCAGCAUGUCUUCCACAAUUAACUUUUUCUGAUCUUAAUACAAUCUAGAAUGGUGGUGAGUUUUCGUCUCAUAAAUCUAAUCUGCUGUUUACAUCAGCACUUGAUCAAACCUGUAAUCAUCUGUCACUAUAUGGUUCAUCUCAAAGAACUUACUGCAGCAAAAUGUAAUGCUUUGCUCUUCUGAGGAUUCCCCAGGAAAGCAUUUCUCAGGAUGGAUAUAAUUGGGCUUUUUGUCAAAAAUGCAAGCACAUAUAUACAUGCACCCACAUCUCCCUUCAGACUCAAACAGAAGAUCUGUCUCCACUUAGCAGAGCCAUUCAGAUGGUAGGAACCACAUGUUGUGGCUUUAAAGAAGUCACAUUCUGAAAAAGACUGCAAGAAUUGCUUAUAAAAACGAAAAAGCCUUUUUUUUUUUUUAGAAGAACUUCUGAUAUGUUCACCUUUGCAGAUCUGCACUUUGUGCCCUGCCCACCCCACCCCCAGAAACCACAGAUCUUGGGAACCUUAAGGUGCAUGUUGGUUGCUCUGUUCAUUUGAAGACAAAUGAUGCUAAGAAAACAAACGUUAGCACCACAUGCUAGA